CAGACAGCUGACUUGUGAAUUUGUUUUCGUCAUCAGUUUCUUCAUCCUAGCCCGAUGCUCUAAUUUUAAACUUUGCUAAAUUAGGUUGAUGGCUGACUAUUGAACAUGUCUUGGCUAACUGAUUUGGCCGGCAAGGCAGAAGAUUUUCUAGUGAAAAUUGACAAGAAUGCUGCUGCAGUUGCUGCGCAAACGGUACUUGUAACGAAAGAUCGAGUUACUCCCAGUCAUUCAAGACGAGACUCAGGUGCUUCGGUUGCUUCAGUUGCUUCGGAUUUCUCAAAUAAUCAUGCCCCGCAAAACAGUUCUACUGCAGCUAAUUUUAAAAAUAGUGUUUCCAUGUCUGAUCUUUCUAAGGCAGGCAAAUCUAAACUUGAUCUUGACGCUACUCUUAUGGCAUCACUAAAUGCAAAUAGUGAUGUGCUGGACGCUUCUAGUGUCAGCACAGCUCCAAAUUCUACCUCCUACUCUAAUGGGUUGGGUGGGAAUGACUUGACCUUAGUUCAAGAAAACAAUCUCCUGAAACAAGAGAUCAAAUCAAUCAAUCAAGAAAUAAGGCAAUCUAUGCAACAUGCUAAACAAGCUCAGAAAGAAGCUAAGAAUGCGGAACAGCAGUUAAAAAGUCAGAUAGCAGUGGUGCAAUCAGUCGAGCAGCAAUUAUCUGUAUUGAGGAAAGAGAACAUGACCUUAGCUGACCAACUCCUUGACAAAGAUGCUGAAUUGUCUACCCUAAAGAGCAAAGUAGAAGCAAUCCAUGUUGAACAGGAGUACCAAACAAAGCUGGAACACAUGCAAGCACAGUUGGAAACUGAAGUUAAAAAGAGGCAAUCAUUCGAAGUUGAAACUAAAGUUCAGUUUAACCAAUUGGAAAAAGAGCGUUGCAUUUUAAUGGGUGAAUCACAACAGUAUCAACAUCAACUUCAGACAGUAAAAGAAGAGCUCGAAUCGACUCAUCAAUCAUUUAAUGAAUACAAACUUCGGGCUCAAAGAAUCCUCCAGGAUAAGGAUAGAUUAUUGCAAGAUAUCAAAGAACAUAAAACAGUCGAAAGCUUCCAACUUCCUAACGAAUUGCUUAUGGCAGAACUGGACCAACUUCAACAAGAACGUGAUCUUUUACGAGAAGAAACAGCUCAGUCGAAUUCUCAAUUGCAACAGUGUAGAAAGGAAAUCGCUCAUCUUGAGGCGAGGUACGAGGAAGAAAUUCGCCAGAUUCGUGAACUUAAUAAUCAAGCUGAAACUCGGUUACUAGAAGAGCGAUCCAAGAAAGAGUUGAUAGAGAACGAACUAAAGCAACUAGACGAAGAGCUGCGCUACGUCCGCGAAGAUCUUUCUCAACAAAAAGUGCAGUCUGUAGGAAGAAUUCAACAACUCGAAACCGAGUUGAAUAAAGUGAGAAACCAGUUGACAAGCAAAAAAAACAAUUCCACUACGCCUUCUCAAGAUGAGUUUGAACAACGGCUUCGAACGCUGACUGAGACUUUAGUUGCAAAACAAGCAGUUUUGGAAGCAGUGCAGUCGGAACGCAGUUCAUUAUUGCUUCAGCUGGAAAGAGCUAAUAAAGAACGAAGUGGAAUUCCAUCUGAAACUGAAAACUCUACGCGCGUUCUACUGAAUAUUACAGAUGACGAAUUGGCAAAAGUAACGACAGGAGUUUCGCGUCGUAUGCGACAUGCCUAUUCCAGCUUGGAUUCUUUAAAUUUCCGUUUCGGGCAGGCAUUGCGCCGGCGACCCGCUGCUCGAUUAGUGCUCUUUUUCUAUAUGGUGGUUCUUCAUUUUUGGGUUGCCUUUGUCCUUCUCACUUACACGCCAGAGAUGCACGAAAACCACACGACUUCUCUGUGACCGAAAUAAAUAUUGCUUUUCGAAUUUUUACUAUACAUUUCCCUUCUGACUUUGACCACAGAUCAUUUCUAAAUUUAUGUGAUAAUCACCUGGUUGUUUAAUACACUUUGUUGUUAAAGGUUA